AUGGCGGACGUGGUGAACGUCGGGGUGAAUCUGGACGCUUUCUCUCAUGCUAUCAGCGGCAUCCAGGCGCUCCGCUCAAGCGUGAGCCGCGUCUUCGAGUCCCUGAAGGACGGCAUGAAGAACCGGGAGACCCUGGAGGGCCGAGAGAAGCAGUUUAUAGCGGAGUUCCAGGACAACCUGCAGGCAGUCAACAGAGACCUGAAUGAGUUGGAGCGUCUCAGUGGUCUGGUGGGUCGACCCUCAGAGUCUCAUCCUCUCCAUAACAGUGGUCUGCUCAGUCUGGAUCCGGUUCAGGAUAAAACUCCUCUGUACUCUCAGCUGCUGCAGGCCUACAAGUGGUCCAACAAGUUGCAGUACCACGCCGGUCUGGCCUCCAGUUUGUUGAACCAACAGUCACUCAAACGAUCAGCCAAUCAGAUGGGAGCUUCAGCCAAGAGACGGCCCAAAGUCCAGCCCAGUACUCUGGUACUACCUCCUCAGUAUGUGGAUGAUGUCAUCUCUCGGAUCGGCAGGAUGUUUCCCGACAUGACCAUCGAGUUGUUCAGACCCAACGGGACUUCUGCUGUGCUGCUGGUGACCCUGGGGAAGGUGUUAAAGGCAAUUGUCGUGAUGCGUUCGCUGUUCAUCGACAGAACCGUUGUUCGAGGAUUCAACGAGAACGUUUACAACGAGGACAGAAAGCUUGACAUCUGGACCAAGUCUCAGUACCAGGUGUUCCAGAAGGUAACAGACCACGCCACCACUGCCCUGCUGCACUACCAGCUGCCUCAGAUGCCCGACGUCGUGGUUCGGUCCUUCAUGACCUGGCUGCGGAGCUACAUUAAACUCUUCCAGUCUUCCUGUCAGCGCUGUGGUCGUUUUCUUCAGGACGGACUUCCUCCAACAUGGCGAGACUUUAGGACCCUGGAGGCGUUUCAUGACACCUGUCGCAUGUAAACAGACAUCAGCUGUUUCUGUCUUUCUGUUUGUCUCUGUGUAAAGUUUCAAUAAAGUUUGAUUUCAUUUUUCAUA